UCAAUUUCUUCUGUUGAAGAACAGAAAAUUUUCUCAAGCCGCAGUCAAUCAUCUUCUCAGUUUCCUGAUACACUUGUUCUCUCUAUAAACACCAAAAAAUCUACAAAUUUCCCUAAAAAUCUUGUGGAAGUUGAAAAAACUCAAAAUGAAACGUUAUCAAAUUAAAUCCUGUUGGUUAUGUGGAUUCCUCUUCGUGUUACUCUGCCUCUGUAUUGCAGACAUGACCAGUUGUGCCCCAAAAGAUGCUCCAAAUGACUCAUUGGAAAAUUCUUCAAAAUGGUGGGAAACUAAUGAAGAAAUCCAGAUUCUAAGAGAGUAUUUAAAAAUUCCCAGUGUUCAUCCAAAUCCUGAUUAUGGACCAUGUCUCGAUUUUAUAAAGCUCCAAGCUGACUCACUCAAUCUCCCUCUCAAAAUUUACUAUCCUACUUCAGCGAAAAAACCAACAAUUGUGAUCACUUUGAAAGGAAGUGAACCUCAUUUACCAUCAAUUCUUCUUAACUCUCACAUGGAUGUUGUACCAGUAUUCCCAAAAAACUGGAAAUAUCCACCAUUUGCAGCUGAAAUCGAUGAUGAAGGACGAAUUUUCGCCCGAGGAUCACAGGACAUGAAAAGUUUAGGAAUGGCAUAUUUAGCAGCCAUUUCUCGUCUUCAGAAAAAGGGAUUCCAACCAAAACGAACCAUUCAUAUUCUAUUUGUUCCUGAUGAGGAAAUAGGAAGUGCAGACGGGAUGAAAGCUUUUGUCAAGACAAACGACUUCCAGGCUCUCAAUGUAGGAUUCGCUUUAGACGAGGGGCAUGUAUCAAACGAAGAAAAUUUUCUCGUAUUUUACGGCGAAAAAACAAUUUGGCAGCCAACAUUUAGGGUCAAAGGUCACGCUGGACACGGAUCAUUACUCCUGGAUAACACUCCCGGAGAAGGACUCACUUUCAUCUUGAGAAAAUUAAUGGAACGUCGACAGAUUGAAGUGGAUAAAGUAAAGAAAGGUGUUCCCAUCGGGAAUGUAACUUCAAUCAACCUUACUAAAAUCUCCGGAGGAAUACAAACCAAUGUGAUCCCUGAAGAAUUCUCUGCCACCUUUGACAUUCGAUUAUCUCCCGAAGAUGACCAUCAGAAGUUUGAACAAGAACUUAAGCAAUGGAUUGAGGAAUCUGGUGCAGAAAUAGAAGUAACUUUUGAAAGCAAAGAAGAUAAAAUCCCCGUAACUGUACUCGAUGACUCCAAUCCUUUCUGGAUAGCUUUUCGUGAUGUUCUAACCGAUCUCAACUACAAAUUUCAGAAACAAAUUCUUAGCGGAGGAACAGAUAUGCGAUUCCUGCGGAUUUUGGGAAUUCCUGCAAUCGGAUUUAAUCCCAUGAAUUAUACACCAGUUCUUCCUCAUGAUCACAAUGAAUUCAUUUACGCUGAUAAAUAUAUCAAAGCCAUUGACAUUCUCAGUAAAAUCAUUGUUAAACUCACAGACGUUCAGCAGUAAGUCUUUUCAUAUAACAAAAUGUAUGAUCUUUAUAACGCAAUAAAGGAAAUUCUUAAUUCUUAA